AUGAAGACUAAUUGUUGUGAACUGCUGCUUUCAUUUCUUCUGGCCUUUGCCAUUAUAACAAAUGCUUUGCUUGGUGGUGCAGCUGCUUCUGAUGCAGUACUUGACUUAAGUGGUGAACCAAUGCAAGUAACCGAUUACUACUAUAUAGAAGACCCUUUGUUUCGCCCUAGAAGGGUAGUCACACUAGUCAGUGGUGGAAACGAAACAUGCCCACUUGAUGUGGGCCCACGUAUACAAUUAGUCGGUGGCAUCCCAGCAAGGAUUUCGCCUGUGAACUCCGACGAUGGCGUGGUCCGUGAAUCCACUGAUCUCAACAUCAAAUUCGUUUGGGUACCACCAUGUGCUCAGUCUGGUGUGUGGAAUGUUCAGUACGAUGAAGAGUCUGAAGAAUAUUUUGUGAGAGUUGGUGGAGUAGAGGGAAACCCUGAUUGUGAAACCAUAACCAAUUGGUUUAAGAUUGAAAAACUUGGAGAUUACUACAAGCUCGUUUUCUGUCCAAGUGUCUGUAACAAUCAUUACUGCAACGCCAUUUGUAAAGAUGUUGGCCGUGAUUCCGAGGGUCGCUUCGUUCUAAGCGAUACACCAUACCUGAUCAGGUUUAGAAAGUUCGAACUCUUGAAAUCAAAGAUUAGCUACCAGUACUAA